GCGCGAGCGGAUGAACUCCGGACUCGGACUUCGGCGGUGUCCGGAGUACAAUCAUCAGCUGAAUUUUCGUCAACUCUACGGGAGAGAAAAGAAGAUCAGGCCACAAUUUUCCGCCGGAGAGAAGAGAGACGCUGAGAGUGGGUUUGAGAGAGAGAAAACAGAGGUCAGAUAAGCUGCAGAGGGAAGGAAGGCGUCGUGAGAGGUACGCUAAAGUCAUGGCGGACACAGAGCCUCUCCUCUCCACCGAGGGAUCCCCAGCUCCAGAGGACCAGGACUUUCUUCCCGAUGUCAUCUUCUUCCUUGGCAAGGAACUGAGGACUGGAAUGGGAAUGAGACAGAGCUUCAUACGUAAGCCCGGUACGGAACAGGUUCUUGUCAGAAUCGGAAUCGGACGGGACGGCGUCUUCAAGGUGGACGGAAUGGAGAACAAGAUAUUGGACCAGUGGACUUUCUCCGACUUAAAAGACUGGAGUUUUUCUGGCUACUCCUUUACUCUGCAAUUCCACGGGUCCAAUAGGAACUACUCUGUACGAACUGACGAUGGGGAAGCAAUCUGCUCCUAUAUCGACGACUUUCAGAAACAUCCCGAGCAGGCCUUGAAGAGAGCGAGAGACAAUCCUCCGAACUCCAGGAUCCCCGAGAGUGGAGUCCGCACACUUCGCAGGAAGUUUGGAGAUUCCUCGCAGCCGUCUGCCAGUGAGCAGGUCAGAUUCUACACGAUGAACCGUCGGUCGAAAAAGACCACCGACCCAACCAGCAAGAUUGCUCACAACGUCGAUGUCGACAGUCGUCUCCGGGACGCAUACUGCAAGAAACUCAGUCCGGAACCAAUUGCACCCCUCACUAAUGACAGGGGCAAGGCUAACGGAAUUCCGCCGGGGCCGCGGAGCACGAGGGGAGAAUCGACAGAGAACCAAGCAACGCAGCCGCCCGCUCAGACCACUGCAAAUCAACCCCCCUCUCCUCCUCCUCCACUUCCUCCGCCCUCUCCUCCGCAGAACCUUUCUCUGAAACUACAGCAGAAUUCAGAGACGACCCUCUCGUCUCAACCUCCAGAGUCUGGCCUUAUCCCACCACCACCACCAGUUCUACGGAAAGGGUCUGCAGGUUCCCUGGAAGACCCAAACGACUAUUUCCUCUUGCGACAGCGCUCCGUGAGCGAGACUACGGUUCAGAGGGGAAACGCCCGGCCAAUUAACCUCGUUAAGACUGUUACGAUGCCGUGGGGACAAACGGCGGUGUCGUCGAUGUCGGUGGGUGUCGAGAGAACGGGGGAAACGGCUGCACCAAGACGAGGGUCAACCCCUGUCGUUACGUCUGGGAAACAGGAGAGCAGUCUCCCUACUCGUGUGUUGGGCGGGAAACGCAGCAACUCGAUGUCAUCCAAUCCCAUGGGGAUUUCCCCUGACAAGGAUCUCCAAUCAAUGCCCACCACCCGAGAGGGUGUGGCAACCGAGGGUGGACAAUGGUACCAGGCUCCGCCCACUCCAGACGACAACUUUCCCCGCUUAGUCUCGCCUCCGUACGACACCCUGUCUCGUUCUGAUUCCGGAAUGAGUUCAGACCGGGUGGAACUGGGAAUCGGGAUCCAGAUUCACUCGCUGAAGAGAGAGGACACUUCAAACAGCAUGGACGACUUCCACCUCCCCCUCUCCACCCCUCCCCUCUCCCCGCUCUACGACCGUCUCCCCGCAGCUUCCCCUCAAGAGGAGGAGAACAUGUGGAGUCUUUUUGCCCCCAUUGAUAGUAGUGCAAUGAGGCGGAACGUUUCCCAGCCUGUCAUGAUUAGUGGGCGGAGUGAGGGCGGAGGAAAGGGAGGGGCCACCCGGAGCUCCACCAGCCCCGGUCCCAAUUCAAUUGCAGAGGAAGAAGAGGAGGAAAGCGAAGAAGACACUGGCACGUCCCUGGACCAUAGUGGAGUGGUGCGCCGACAGAAAAAGAGCCCGCAGCGGACCGACUUCGAUCCGUUCGAAGACCUCCUUGGAACGCCGCAGGCCAUCGCACGCCUUCGCUGGUCGCAGGAGUUAAACCCUCUCUACGACCUCAUCAAGGGAAUGAAAAUCUCCGAGAGCAUGUCGUCGCAGGAUCAAGGAAUAAAGCUGUACUCGGCGAGCGUCCCCGACAGUGACGCGAAAAAGAUGAAGAAACUCCCGAGCACCAUAUUCGAGGAGUCGGAAACGAGCCCGAGGCACGGCAGCGUGACAAACGCGAGCGUCCCCGUUAUCACUCACACGUUCCCGGAGGCAGACGAGGAAAACGGAGUGGAGGGAGACACAGUCCCCAUGAUAAUCCCGGAGCACAAGGCGUCAGAGCUUCCUAAGGCCCCGCGACGCCAGCACAUGUACGAGGAAGUCGCGCUGACUCCGAGGGCCACAGAGACCAUGACAACGAGCAUCGCCGGUCUCAUCCAACCUCCUCCGGUCGUGAGGAAGAUGAAACAGAAUGCCGCCGCUGCGGGUGGCGGUGGUGGUGUAGGGAGCGGGUCGGCCACCAUGGGACCGACAAUCGGAGGUGGGGGUGUUACUGGAGGAGGGAAAUCGAGCCUGGCGGGGCUGACAAACCCGGCGGUGCGACGGCUGCAGACGCUUGAGGCCCCACAGGAGAGGUCGGCGUCUGUGAGCCCGCGGCUGGGGAAGAGGGAGCUGCAGAGACGGAGUCAGACCGUCAGCUGCCUGGACGACACGGAGGCAGUCACCAGGAAACAGAAGCCUCUCCGAGCUGCCGACAUGAUGAAGGACUUUUCGUUCGUGAUGAGAGAGUUUCGCCUGUUCUACGUCAAGAUGCCAAAUGGCCGGAUGCACUCUGAAGAGUGUAACAUCAACCGCCCAGUGGCAGAGCUGAGAGAGAAGCUGUGUGACCUGCUGGGAAUUGACAAUGUGGAUCACUACCAGCUGUACGUGGAGGGGGCGUGUCUCACAUCCCUGAAGGAGGGGGAGGUGGGGGAAGGCUCCGCCCCGGGCGGGAUCGGGCGGUCCAACUCGCUCACACACAUCAUGGACCACCAGUGGUUGCCUGACCUCGGGUCAGAGCCGACACUCCUGAAACCGUCCCUCUCGUUUCACAUGCAGGGAAUCACCACUUCCCGGGUCCUGGCUCUCAUGUGUGACGAUGUGGUUCUGGAGGCGGGUACUACUUACCCUGCCAGUCUCCCUCCUGGAGAUGAGGCUGAAGACUUCCACAAGCACUGGAUCAGCAUAGUCCAGGGCAAUAUUCCUUGUACCACGGAGCAGGCAGUGAAACUGGCAGCCAUUCAGUACCAGGCCUACUUCCUCGACAGAACUGCAGUACACUCCGUCGUAGGAUUCUGCAGACCCAAUGAGUUUCUCCCGACCGAGUUCAGUGCGGUCCGAGGUCUGGAGCAGAAGAUGUACAAGGAGCAGGAGAGACUCAAGUCAAUGAAGACACAUAAGGAGGUCCACAGGGCAUACGUCAGCAUGAUGAUGGGCCUUCUGACCUAUAAUACCGUGUUCUUCCCGGUCCGGGAGCCAAGGAAGAAGGUGCUGCAGAGUACAAAGUUGAAGCCGAUCAUCCUGGGGGUGGGGCCUCACGGGAUCAUGAGGGUGGAUCCCAAGACGAAGGAGGUGGUGGACCACUGGGAUUACCAGGUGCUCCGCAACUGGGCCUACUCACGCAAGACCUUUGUUUUGGCAUUCACAGACAAGAACUACCCUGUGGAGUCAAACCAGGCGAAAUGGAUCAGCAUGAUUGUCGACUUUUUCGUUGACUCUAUCAUUACCACAGGAAAUCCCCACACAGAAGUCAAUAGGUCAUGA